GCCCCAAGGGAUCAGUCGAUCCUAAAAAGGCUAUAUAUUAUCUGAGAAUCAUAAAACAUUUUCAGAUGUUUAUCACUUCAAUGAAAACGUGGUUUGUUAAAACAGGUUAUCUAGACCACUACCUGGGAAGUGGAGACAUCGGUCUGAAGAUAGUACUAUUUGAAUUACACACACCAUUGCUCCUGCCUGCAUCUCCUACCAUUUAAAAUGUCAUCUGUGUCUGUGGCCAACACCAACUUCUCCCUGGAUCUGUUCAAGAAGAUCACAGAGAAAAAAAAAACGGGCAAUGUCUUCUACUCCCCCCUCAGCAUCUCCUCUGCUCUGGCCAUGGUGUCUCUGGGGGCCAGGGGUAACACCGCGACUCAGAUGUCAGAGGUCCUUUGCCUUGUCAAAGCAGACAGACCCAAAGAGGCUUACCCAGGACAGCUCCAGAAAGUACAAAAGUACCAGCUUCCACAUGCAUUGAAGUCCCUGCACCUCCACAAAGCCAAGGAUGAUGUCCAUGUUAGCUUCAGCAAACUUAUGGGUGAACUGAACAAGGAAGGAGCCCCCUACAAACUGAGUCUAGCAAAUCGUCUAUACGGAGAGCAGUCUUACAAGUUUGUUGAGACUUUCCUCCACGACACCAAAAAGCACUACAAUGCAGAGUUGGAGGCUGUAGACUUCAAGUCCAAUGCAGAGACUGCUAGACAGAACAUCAACACCUGGGUGGAGAAGCAGACAGCAGACAAAAUCAAGGAUCUGUUGCCAAAGGGGAUUGUUGAUGAUUUGACAAGACUGGUCUUGGUUAACGCCAUCUACUUCAAGGGCAACUGGGAGAAGAAGUUCAAGGAAACCAGCACCAAAGAUGUCCAGUUCAGACUUAACAAGAAUGAGAGUAAGCCAGUAAAAAUGAUGCACCAGAAGGCCAAGUUCCCCCUGACCUUCAUCCCAGAGGCCAACUGUCAGAUUCUGGAGUUGCCUUAUGUAGGGAAUCAACUGAGCAUGCUCAUCAUGCUUCCUAAUGAAAUUGAGGAUGGCACCACUGGACUGGAGAAGCUGGAGAAGGAGCUGACCUAUGACAACUUUGUGGAUUGGACCAAGCCAGACAUGAUGGACUUGGUGGAGGUUCAGGUGGGCCUGCCCAAAUUCAAGCUGGAGGAGAGCCUAGACAUGAAAGAGACACUGGUCAGCAUGGGCAUGAUAGAUGCCUUCGACCACUCCAGGAGCGACUUCUCAGGCAUGUCACCAAACAACGACCUGGUUCUGUCCAAGGUGGUGCACAAGGCCUUUGUGGAGGUCAAUGAGGAGGGCACUGAGGCAGCAGCUGCUACGGCCGCCAUCAUGAUGAUGCGCUGUGCCCUGAGAACGCCCACGUUCUUUGCCGACCACCCCUUCCUCUUCUUCAUCCGCCACAACCCCACCCAGAGCAUUCUGUUCUAUGGCCGCUACUCUUCCCCUUAGACAUUUAGCUACAUGCCAUGUGGAGGGAGGAGAGGGUGUUGAAAUAAUGUAUUGCAGCAGCAGUAACUAUAUCUGAUGUUGGACCAUUUCCUACCCUUGUCUAGCUGUAACAAAUUACCCACGUUGUCGGUUAUGCCCCUACCCGUUGUUUUGCCAUUUUGUGUUAACAUUCAUCACAACCAAACAUAAAUCCCUUUGCUGUAGACUACUUUUAAGCAUCAUUAUGAUUAUUUUAUUUUAAUCAGAACCGUCUACCGAUUUUGUCUAAUGUCCAACGCUGGACACAUGCUCAUACAUCUUACAUGUUUCUCCUGCAAUCUACUGGGACAGGAAAAAAACUGUACUUACUAUAAAAAGUAGUUUACGGGGAGGGCCAAUACUUGUGUAAUAGAUAAAUAUAUGCAUUCAACAUGUAACCAAAGAAUGUUGUAUCAGUGGUGUAUUUUGGUUUGAAGAAUAAGGGUAUCUAAUUCAUUUUGUCUUAUGUUUUUCUACUCUUCACCUACAACACACUGAAGUGCAAUUAGGAAUGAUACUGUCUUGCAAUGUUGGCGUUUUAAUCAAUUUAGGUACUAUAUACAGUAAAUAAAGAAUAUAUAUGCAAACAAA